AUGCCAGACCUGCCAUUGACAACACACUGCAACACACUUGAUCUGACAUCCCAGUCUCGCCCCAGAAUUCUCUGCCUCCAUGGUGGGGGCUCGAAUUCUCGGAUUUUCCGAAUUGGGUGCCGCGUGCUCGAAACUCAGUUGUCAAACCAUGCCAGACUAGUAUAUGCAGACGGUCCUUUCUUUGCACCACCGGGUCCGCUCAUAACUGGUUUCUUCACUGAAUGGGGUCCCUUCCGAUCCUGGCUUCCACCUGACCUCGGAGUCGGACCAGGUAAAGGCCAAGGUGUGAGGCGUAUCUACGAAGAUCCUACGGAUGCCGACAUGGUCAUUGGAAGGAUUCACCAAAGCUUGCAGAAAGCAGUGGAUGAUGAUGAUCGCGCUGGAGGAAUGGGCCCUUGGGUUGGACUGCUAGGUUUCAGUCAAGGUGCCAAGAUCGCAGCGAGUUUACUUUGGAGACAGCAGGUUUAUCCCGAGGGUCUACAUCUCUUCCUUUCUUUCAUUUUGGAACACUUGUUGCAGGGCCAGCACCCCUUGUCUGGCUAG